AUGUCAUCGACAUCGGUGGCAACGAUGCUGACCGUUGCUGAACUACCAGUGGCUGCAUAUUCAAGCCAAGCAGCGAAUGCACUGAUCGAGUUAGAAGUGCCAAAUAUCAUCGUCACAACUCCAACGAUGGAGGUCUACGUGGAAGCAUUGAUCAAGUAAGA